GAGGGAGCGAGGCCGUGGGGUCAGUCCCGCCGUGAGGGAGCGGAGGUCGCUGCUCUCCCUGGCUAUCGGGGCCUCGGCGGCCCCGGGCAAGAGGGCCGGCCCCGGGCAUGCCUGGCGGGCAGCCCGGGCGCUUCGGGCGCGGCGGCGGCGGAGCUUCCGCCAGCAGGAUGUCCCUCUUAAACCACCUCACAAGUUGCAAAACUUCCUCUUUACAGUUCAUCUCUCUCCGGCCUGGAGAAAGCAGGACACAUCUCCAUCAGCUUCCUACUUACUGAAAGAUGUCAGCAAUUGGAAUAGUGUCCUCCUGUUCCUGUCUCCAUCCUGGUGUAUGGCUGCUGAAACCACAAAUGCAGAAGAUGAGCUCCUUUGGCUUACAUACAGCAGCCAGAUGUGCUGCCAAGGAUUAUUAUGAAGUACUUGUAUUGGGAGGAGGUACAGGUGGAAUUGCCAUGAGUGCUCGGAUGAAGAGGAAAGUAGGGGCAGGAAAUCUGGCUGUUAUUGAGCCAAGUAAGACUCAUUACUAUCAGCCACUGUGGACCCUAGUUGGUGGUGGUGCAAAGCAGCUGGCAGCCUCUGCACGUUCAACAGACAGUGUUAUGCCUAAAGGUGUUGAGUGGAUCAAAUCUCGAGUUACAGCACUGGAUCCAGAUAAGAACUGUGUCUGGCUGGAGAAUGAUACCAAGAUCUCUUACAAGUAUCUGAUAAUUGCCCUUGGGAUUAGUCUGCACUUUGAAAAGAUAAAAGGCUUGCCUGAGGGGUUUGAUCAUCCUAAAAUAGGUUCCAAUUAUUCAGUUCAUACGGUAGAGAAAACGUGGAAAGCUAUACAAGAGUUCAAGGAAGGAAAUGCUCUCUUCACUUUUCCAAAUACUCCAGUGAAGUGUGCAGGAGCUCCUCAGAAGAUCAUGUAUUUAUCCGAAGCCUACUGGAGGAAAACAGGAAAACGUUCCAAAGCAAACAUCAUGUUCAACACUUCACUUGGUGUUGUUUUUGGUGUUAAGAAGUAUGCUGAUGCAUUGCUUGAAAUAAUAAAGGAGAGGAAUAUUGCCGUUAACUAUAAGUACAACCUGGUAGAAGUUCGAGCAGACAAGCAGGAAGCUGUGUUUGAAAAGUUGGACAAACCUGGAGUGACUGAAGUUCAUCAGUAUGAAAUGCUUCAUGUCACGCCUCCAAUGGGGCCACCUGAUGUACUCAUCAAUAGUCCUGUCUCAGAUGGAAGUGGCUGGGUGGAUGUAGAUAAGGAAACCCUACAACAUAAAAAGUAUCCUAAUGUAUUUGGCAUUGGAGACUGCACCAACCUUCCAACAUCAAAAACUGCUGCAGCUGUAGCUGCCCAGUCUGGUGUGCUGGAUAAAACUAUCUCCCUGGUAAUGAAGAACCAGUUGCCAGUUAAAAAGUACGAUGGAUAUACCUCCUGCCCAUUAGUAACAGGCUACAACAAAGUGAUCCUAGCAGAAUUUGAUUAUGAUGCUCAACCUUUGGAGACCUUUCCCAUUGACCAAAGUAAGGAGAGAACUACCAUGUACCACAUGAAAGCCGAUAUGAUGCCUUUUCUCUACUGGAAUGCACUACUUAAGGGAUACUGGGGUGGACCAGCUCCUGUGAGGAAGCUAAUGCAUCUAGGCUUGAAGUAACUGCUUGGUUUGAUGUUGGAAGGAUUGGUCUCACCCUGGAUCAAGACCCAUCUUCCCUUUUGGACCAUGUAAUAGCUGACUUAAGAAGAAAAAAAAUUCCAAGUGUUUGUUAUGAAUUUUCCCACUUCUUAAGGAUUAAACCUUCAUAUGCUCUUUCACUGCUCUUUGUAAGCUAAGGCUUUAAACUACUUCUGUACAUAUACAGCAGUUUGAACUUGCACCAAGCUACUGAAAUCUAAUGCAACCACUAAUUUUAAAGCUGUUGUAAAAUUUUCUCACCAACUCUAAAUUUAUCUGCAUGUGAGGUCAGUGCAUGCACUGGAGUGAACAGAAAAAUGGAAUGCUAGUAAAAGGGCCUGAAAAGCCUCUGUGGUAUUGUUUUUCAAAAAGCUAAAUGAAUCCAGAUUUCUUCAAGCAUAUUUACUGCCUAGCUCGAUGAGAUUACAGAAAUUAAUGCAAGCUAUGAAGAGAACUUAGAGUACUAUAUGUAGAUAUAUAUGUAUGCACCCCCUCUCCUACCUCAGCUCUGCUAUGUUGGAGGCACACUGGUUAAAAGUAGUGAGAAGAUCGCCUAAUAGACUGGAGAAUGGGAGAAAACUGAUUGAGGCACAAAUUAAGAUGACAGACAAGGGGGAAGUGCUUUUUAAUUAUGACCAUAUGAACAAAGUCAAAUUUAAGAGUUGAGUCUUCACAGAAGCUGGAACUUUAGUGGCGGUUGGGCAGACAGUGCAGAGCAAACUGGAAUCAUCUUCACUCACCAGAAUCAGCAGUAGCCUUUAAUUUCUAAACAUAAGAAAUACAUGAACAUAUUUCAGUUUAGAGCUUUAUGCCUUUUCAAACAUGUUUAAAAAGGUGGUUGCCUCUGAGUUGCAAUUAUAAGCAUGAAACUGUACCUGCAUUUUAAGUAAUUCUUCGAUCUUAUUCUGGAUCUGUCCAUACACAUCAUUAAACAGCUCUUCCUUUGA